AAUAUCCAGUCUGAAAAUGGCAACACAGCUUUGAUGAGAGCCUUGAAACAUGGCUUUCAAAAUGUCGCCAAAGUCUUGCUGGCGGCGGAAGCAGACGUCAAUAUUCGAAACAAACGAGGUGAAAAUGCGCUGCUCAUGGCUGCCAAGUCUGGCUGUACUGAGACAGUAAAGCUCCUCAUGGAGGCGGGAGCUGAUCCUCUUUCUUUGACAAAGUUUGGAAACACUGGCCUUUCAUUGGCCGGCAAUAAAGACAUUGCAGAGUUGUUUGUUCAAGCAGGUGCAGAUGUCAAUUUAAGAAACAUGCACGGCCAAACUCCGAUGCACUGUGCCGUGAAGCGACGAAAGUAUGACGUCCUGAAUUUAUUGUUACAACAUGGCGCUAAUGUCAAUAUGAAGGAUCUCUAUGGGGACACACCGUUAAUCGCUGCACUCAAAGUUUCAGAGGUUAGCCUUAUUCUGCGUCUCCUCGCAGCAAAGGCGAAUGUGAAUCUUCAGAAUAAAAAGGGGAAAACUGCCUUAAUGUAUGCAACGAGCAUUUCGAUUCUCAUUCGCUUUCAAACAAAGAUGCAAAGAAUAGUUCGAUUAAGAAUUUUGGACCUUCUGCUGCAACAUGGUGCGGACGCUAACCUUAAAGAUAACAUUGGCCGCACUGCCCUCAUGUACACCUACAGCAGGACCAAUCAAAAGGACUACGGUCACAAACUGGUGAAACGUGGAGCUGAUCUUGAAGCCGAAGAUUACCAGGGUAGAACAACUUUGACUCAAGUACUGCUGGCUUGGGGAAUGAGUUCAAAGGUCAUUGAACUUUUAAAACUGGGGGCGAAACCAGUGCUGAAGUCAAAAUACCGUGACAUUCUAAUACAACGAUGUCCUACUGUCUUUGUUGGUAAGGAGAUAAAUGAACUUCUAAGACUUUUGAUUUGCAACGGCAUUGUCAGUACGAAAAGUUUUAAGAGCUAUUUUCCCAUUCUACUGGAUACUAAUGUAGAAUUAUGUCUAUGCCAUGGCAACUAUGACUUGUUGAGAUAUAUUCUUGCUAAUUGCUACGUAUCGAAUAAAGAUUUGACCUACAUAAGACUGAGACAUAUUUUCCCAUUCUACUGGAUACUAAUGUAGAAUUAUGUCUAUGCCAUGGCAACUAUGACUUGUUGAGAUAUAUUCUUGCUAAUUGCUACGUAUCGAAUAAAGAUUUGACCUACAUAAGACUGAGACAAAAUCAAAGCAACAUGUACACACUACCAGCAAGAUUCGGUCCUGAUCAUAGCAAAAUAGACGCACUGAUUCAAAGAGCUGCUUGCCAACCCUGGCCAUUGGUCAAUCUUGCCUUCAUAGCAGCUUCCACAAUGAUGGGCGAGAGCCCCGAAAGAGAGGCCCGCAUCGGGAAUUCCCAGCUCCCCAAUCCUCUCAAAGACAUGUUGAUGUUUCGGACAGAAAUC